AUGGCUGAGAUAUGUAUUGUCAAGAAACAGCACGGUAUCAAUUUCUUCAUUUAUAUGAAUCAAUAUCUUAUACUGCGCUUUCCAUCACCGGGCUACGAAACCGACGAUAGACCUAUCGGUCAUACCACUCGGCCAUCUAUUCAGGAGACGUUCAUCGAAAUGAGCAGAUUUUUGGUUGUAACGCACAAGUUGAACUUACUAUACCAACCAUCCCAUCUCAAUACUCUUACACCUAGUAUUUUAAGAAGAGCAAGCACAUUCAAAGGAUUGAGUCUGCGCCUACUAUCACCCCACGAAAUAUAUCUUGCCCUUAAUAAAAUACUAGGUAUGGAAAAGCCCGGUGGUUGGGAAAAGAGUAGAAAGAAGUAUAGAAUUGCUUUGGGGGUUUGA